GGCAGCGAGCAAGCCUUGCCGUGAGCUCAUUUCGGUUCAGUUGUUAAGUUCGGUCGGCGGCGACAGGUGCCAAAACGGGUUGCGAUUCGAAGCCGAAUGAGAGCAAAACACCUCACCAUGAGCCAAACGCUGGUGGUGGCCUUCGUCGGGGCCCUCGCGCUACUGAUUCCGACCACAGGUGGUCAAGAAAACAUCAUGACCCGGGUAGCUCCCGGUCUGCUGGAAUGCUACACCAAUCCGGAAAUGUUCGAACGGGACAACCGACUGCCUAUGACCAUGAACAUGUUGAUCGAACUGAUACGCAAAGUGGAAGACUCACCGGGGCUCAAUGAGGACAUGCGACAGCUUUCGAUUGCCCUGCUGCAUCGGUUCCGACAGGAUGGCAUCGUUAGGGCCACCGGUGUCCAGAACGUGGCCGGAGUGCUUCCGUUUAGUCCUAGCGGGCAUCACUUCACCCGGCACAGGAUCCUGUUUUCUAGACUUCUGCCCGGAAAUGCCCAGACCUUCCCCAACAAUACGCUUAAUGCCCAGGAAAGGUGCGCGCUUCACUUCAUGCUGUCCAGCUCGAUCGAUUUGGCCGUCCGUGGUGACGAGAACAUUCGUUGUAAUAUGCUGUCCCAGUAUCGAGCGUUGAGGGUUCCGCGGGACACGAAACAUCCGAUACAGUCCAAUUUCAUCGCAGACGUUCAGAUGUUGGCCGAACCUCAGAUGAAAACAAUCCGGAAGCAGAUCGAAUCGAUGCGUAAAUCAGCUCGGAUGGAAGUGGAUCCGGAAGAUGAACCUGCAGCGGCCGAUCAGGAGGAGGAACUUGAGGAUCCGGAAGCUAAACUCGAUACGGAAGCUCACGAAGAAAUACUAGACAUGGACAAUCCGCUGGUAGAUAUUGCGACGAACGCUAGAAGUGCUUGUCCGGUAGAAAAUGGUGUUGUCUACACCAGGUGGGGUGCGGUCUCGGCCGGAACGGUCCUAGCAGGUAUUGCAGCUGGCCUGGCACCCCAGAGCGUUGAAUUGCGAAACUUGCUUCCACCCAGAAGUGAACAAAUGCGGGCUCGUCAACAGGUUCAGCCGCUGCGAGUGGACAACAGAUGGGCUGCAACACUUUCCGGAGAUUUGGCUGAAGUUACGCUACUACAGGCACCUUCAACACCCAACAAUAUCCAGGUUGGAGCUGGUGGAGCCUGGAACGAUACCGUAUCCCCUCGUUGGUUUUUCCUGACCCAGCGGGAUAACUUGGAAAUGACAGACGCGGAAAUCCGUGCCGGUAUCGAUGGACUAACCCUCGCGAUGAACAUUGCCGAUUGGCGAUCGCGGGUGAACGCGCUUCGACUGAGCCAGGUACUGGACAUGUACUACUCACAGCGGGGAGUUUUCGAUCAGACCAUGCGGUCCUGUAACAGGCGGGAUCUGUUCACCACCACUGCUCCAAUCGCUGAAAUGAGGAAUCAAGCCGCAGCCUUCAGUAACAUCCUGGAACGGGAGAUGCAGAUGGCCUUCACGGUUACCCAAGAAGCGAUGGCGACGUUCUCGACCGGCGCUUCCAACGCUUUGGCCGAUUAUGUCCCUCAAACCUUGAACGAUCUAACCUGCGAAGCAACGGCCAUUGUGCCGAACGAUCCAACCAUCUGGAGAACGGCUGCCGAUCUGUUCAUCUACGUAGACGCCAGCUGGUCCUUCCGGGACAUAAGCGCCGUCGUAGGAAAUCUACUGGAUGAGCUGGAUGUGGGACCCUUCGGCACUACUUAUACGGUUUUGAACGCCCUGACCGGAGAUGUCAUUAUCAACAGGACUCAGUCCUUGGCCGACUUCCACACUCAGUAUACGGCCGCUGUUCACGCUACACAGCAACCCGGUCUAGCGAUGCCCCCAUUGCUGCGCAGUCUUCGGCAACAGGUUAUUCCGAUCAUGAGUGAAGAAAGGACCAACUCCAGCAUGAGUGGACGCUCGAAAAUUGCCCUCAUUAUGCCGAAUACGGCAGCCGUCAACGAUGGUGACUACGCCUUCGAGCAGUUGCAGAUAAUACGCGAGGAAAUUCCAGAUCUCAGGUUAAUCUUCUUAGCCGGGGGCACCCAUACUCGCUUUGCCCGAUUCGUGCGAGAUCAGAAUCGAGAUCUGUUCCAGAUGCGCGAGAUCACCAGUGGUGCCGUGAUCGAUUCGGUUCACGUCCAAACGCGGCCCGUGAUUGUUCGGAUUCAGCAGGAACCCAGACGUAUCGUCAAUCCGCGCUGUGGACAUGACUGGAUACAGGGCAACUGGGGAUCCAACUCCAUCAACCAGUACGUCGAACCGCGGGGAGUUGUGUUUUAUCGACUGCAGCCGAACUACUUCUUCCAAGCGGCCGAAGCUCGACGACUCCGCAUCCAGGGACAUGGAUACGCCCAGCUUACCGUUUGCCAAUCCCGAUGGGUUCAACUUCCUAGGUCCAAUGCCACCCAGCAGUCGGAUCAGAUUAGAUGUCAGCAGAUCAACACCGAAACGGUUGACAUCGACCUGUCAAACGCCUGCGAUGGUCAUCCGACGAUCCAUGCCUGUCCGCCGGUAUUUUUCUCGGUAGAACACACGCAGCAAACGCCGGUCACCAACUUCCGCUGCAACGAGCGGGAGUGUCGCUUCCCGGACAACGCUCGGUUUGCGGUAAUUCUAGAGAAUGGUGGCUGUUUCAGCAGCGCCGGAAAGCUGUUCAGUUCCUUGACCUUCGUAGUCUUCGUAACCCUUCUGGGGUUGUUGUUCACCAGACAAUAGGAUUAGUAGUUAGGUUUAGUAAGUACCUUCGCCGUUAGUUAAGAUAUGAUCGUGAAACCUUAGUACGUAGGGAUUGUAAAAUUGACAAUUUAUGUUAGUUGGGAAAUCUAAUAAAAGUUCGAUCCAAA